AUGCGGAAUACAACAUUGGAACCUGGAGAUUUCGUUGACCAAUGGGAACCCGUUCAUUUCGAAUGUAUACAAAGUAAUAAGACAAUAUAUAUGGGAACCUUAUUAUGUUUGGGCGGAGAAUUUAAUGAAACAAUUCCUAAAUGUCAAGCUGCUCAUUGUUUUUGGAAUAACAAAUUGAAGCGAUUGGAACAUCCGGAUAAAUUUAAAUUCGUUGCUGAGACGGAAAGGAAAUCAUUUGACGACAUUCAGGAAAAUCAAGUUCAAAUGAGAAAGGCCGUAAUGUUUAUCGCGUCUGCAGAUUUCCAAGGUAUACGAACUAAAAAUUUCGCAGAUAUUGCCAUCAUCAAAUUCAUUUAUAAUGAAAAUGUAUCAGCGAUAUGUUUUAAACAUUAUACAAGAACCGCCAGUGAUAUUGUACCAACAAACAUUACCGGCAUUGUAACCGGUUACAAUGAAUUAAAUAAUAAAUUUGAACGAGUAUCUAUGACCACCCAAGGAUACUAUGAAUGCAUCCAAGAAAAAUCUAUAGGCGAAACUUUGUCCGAGGAUAAACUCUGCCUGCACAAUGAUUACAGUGAGGGCAUUUGUCGUGGUGACAGUGGUGGAGCAUUUGCUCAGAAACUAAGAGUCGAUAUUCCAAAACGAGAGGAGCUAUUCUAUUUAUUGGGCAUUAUUAGUUCCACUCCGGGAACAGAAAAUGAAUGCAAGCGCUCUGGUUACGUGCCAGUGACAAAUCCCAAAUUCAUGCGUUCGGAUUUGUAUGAAAUAUUCUCCAAAGAAAUUAGUAAUGAUCAACAACUCUUUCAGAAUGAUUAA